AUGAGCAGACGCAACAAAAGCAGGCUCGUUGUAGACCUGGAUGACGAGGUUGAGUUUGUGACCAAGGUAGCUAAGCAGACCACUAGGGGAGUACGCUAUGUGGACGUACCUUUGCCCAUGCCCACGGGUUCAAACGUGCCAUCGCCUUCCAAAAGUCCAUCGAAGGCUCCAGCUUCAGGCUCCUUGUUUAACUUGGAUGAUGGCGACAUCCUGGGCAACAUAGGUGUGCUGAUUCAGCUGGAUCCGGUGGCUCGGAAGACAAAGACCCAGAAUGACUUCAUGAGGGACUGGAUACCCCACCGUGAUGACUAUCUUCAUGCCAUUGUCGAGAUGGAAGCCCCGCCUGAGCCCAGAAACUGUGCGGAAUGCAAGGUUGACCUAAAUGCACAUGAUGGCGAGGUCUCAGAUGAUGGCGAGGUCCCAUUCAACUUUGCACCGCUGGCAGGUGCCCUUGAUGGUGAAGUAAGGCAAACUGACGAUGCUCCUGAUCCCACUUGGGAGGAAGAUGUGCCACCGGUGCUCUCCCGGCCACCUCGCCGUGAUAGUUACGGGAAUCGGAUCAUAGUCAUUGUCGACAUCUCUGGCGUUCACCAUAUCGGCGUUGACUGGUGCCAGUGUGAGAUGGCGGUGGAGCGUGACAUGCAGCUUCUUCAAAUGGGACUUUACCCUGGUACCGUCAAGGAUCCCCAUACCGCCUUCACAUUCGCCGUCCUCGACGAUUUCCUUCUGGAGAACAAAGAGUGCAAGACAGCGGCAUUGAACUACUACAGCAAGCUCAAACGGGUCACGAGCAAUGCCUUCCCUGGCACCAUUCCCAUAAGUGACCAUUAUCGUGAGCUGAUGCGGGUGUCCUGCCAAUGGCGCCAAUUCAAAUAUCGCAAGUGGCACGGCUUCUCACACAAUGCCCUCCAUCCUGUGGAGAAGGGUGGCCUCGCCAUCUUUUGUCCCACCUGUCCCCAGCCUGGGCUCAACCUGCCUUUCGAUUGGCAAGCAGAUCCAGUGCAGUGGAAGUUCAAACACGGCUUUGUCAUAGAUGGCAAUUUCAGUGCAGAGCACAUGAAGAUGAAGCACCCCGAGGAGGACGUCGCCCUCAGUGAUGGCCAGGCAUUCAUGGUCGGCCAAGAGGAUUACAAGGCUCAUCUGGCAGUGGCCAUGGAGUCGCAUCAGCGCUCCACUUGUCAUGAGCACCGCGCUGUCAAUCAGGCCAAUGUGGAUCGCGCCAACCUCGACGCCACAGGAAUCGGGGCCACUGCUUGCGCCAGACAUGGUUUCUUCGUCCCUCAUACUGUCGUUGAUUUCCAGAAGGGAGAAAGACAAAUGAAUAUGGAUUACUCUCUCAGCAAUGCGCUCCUGACCCUCACCGGUAUUACCCUCGUCCUCGUCAUGUACGACAUCAUGUGCCAGUAUGGCAUCCAUGUCCGCAAACGUUUCUGCCACAGUGCCUAUCUGAGGAUGCCCUUCGAGCUCAAGGUAGACCAAGGCAUCGGCUUGUUUCAUGUGCAUGGACACCAAGAUUGCUGCUUCCAACGGUUCUUGCCCAACUUUAUAGUUGGCGCUGUCCUUGACGAUCACAUGAAUGACUCCAACUGGAAGAAGACGACUCGCAUGGUGCCAACCUUGAUGACAAAGUGGAAACGCGUGCUCCUGGGCUUCCCACGAAGCAAGGAGUCCUUUGAAGCUUUAUCUGCAUCCACAGAUGAGGAUGUCCUUGAGGCAUGGCAGAAGGAGUACGACGACGCUAUGGAGGCUCGCCAAAAUGAUCCGAAGAUCAUGGACACCUUCGAUGUCCAGCUCAUGAAGGCCCCGGGUAAAGACCUCACCCAACUCAGACUGGCGGGCGAGGAGUCUGCCAAGGGCUUGGAGAAGGGCACCGCCGGAUGGUUGUCGACUGGCCUCAAAAUUCAAGAAGCACAGCUUAAGCUUGCAAAUGAUAUCCGCAAGGCAGGUCAAAAUCCGAGUGUGGCGGAGGACCUCAAGACUCUCGAGCACCAUCAGCACCUCGAAGUCAGCAUUCUCACAUUCCAACGUCGCUCUGAGAAGUUCAUGGGAAGGUUGAAGGACGUUCCCGCCAUGGAAGAUCGUGACGAUGGUGCGCUCUGGGAUUCCUUGGAUGAGAAUCCUUUUCAAAUACACCUGGAGGAUGCUGAGUAUGGUGAGGAUGCGAUUUCACCCGAGCGAGCUUCCUUGAAUUUACCUUCGCAGAUCAGAUUUGUGGCCGCUGUCGCCAACGGGCUCCAGACCCUGGCGGCCCAAGAGUUGGAGUUGCGCAAAGGCCUGAUGAAUGACAUCCUCCACGAGCUUCACAUGGCGCUUGGACUGAAGUCUUACCUCUACCGCAAGAGGGUUCGUCCUGCCAACAGCGUCGGAACCAUGACCCGUGCACAGGCGGAGGUUCAUGCUGCCGAUCAGACCGUCUUGGCCUGUGCCAGGCUCUAUUCCGCCAACCGACGCGCCAUUAUGUGCUUGGGCGCCACCGAUGAAGACUUGGCCCUCUAUCGCCCUUUGGAUAAGAAGGACCUGCACGUGAAGACUGCCGUCAUCGAGGCUAGCACCUCCGGGCUCAGGAACGUCAACCUGGCUUGGUUCUGGACCAUGGAUGUCGCUGGAGAUCGAGGUUCAUCAGAAUGGAUGGACGAGUUCUAUAGAGUGAAUUGGCUGCGUGCCAGAGCUCGAUAUGAGAGAUGGAGGGAGGAGCGUGUCUUGGUCCACUCGGAAAUGGCCUGGACCAUAGCCACCUUCAAGCGGAAUGCGGAACGAUGGGCUCACUGGCUCGAGAUGACGGAUCCUUCCUGGCGGGGUCAUGUUUGCUAUGCCGCCAGGCAAUCUUCAACAUCAGAUGCGCGCCCCUGCCUGUUCUCCAGAGGGAGGUUGCAGUUGGAAGUCUACACUUGGAGGAUCCAAGAAGCUGUUCUGGCACUGGAGCCUGACCCAGAUCACUUCACCAAGGUCCGUUGGGAGGAAGGCUUGCGCCGGGAGAUGUUCGCCGUCAGGGGUAUCUGUGGCGACCUCGCGUUGGUGGGUCAUGCUGACCAUAUUGACCAUGGCGGAGUUAUCGCCAGUGUCCUCACCGUCUGCACUUUCAAUCGCGAAGUUCUGCGCCCCAUCAGCAUUGACGUCAAGGCGAUUCCACGCCCCACCACCCUCGUUCCUCAUCCUAAGAACCUACUCGAGGAUUCACCCGACUACUGGUGGAAAUGGGAUCGUCAGGUUGGGCCGGCGGGGAGCCCUAUGGAGGCCUGGUGGUACAAACUUGGUGAUCCCUGGGAGAAGGUGUACACCGUCUCCGAGUCUACACUGGUGCAGCUUGAACAGCUGCAUGUUCGCGUCGCGAACCUCACUAGUUGGUUGCAUGAGAGGACAGAUCAGAACCUGGAUGUGGUGCUGGAAGAGCUGCAGGAGGCGACGCGGCAGCUGCGUGAGUUAGGAAUGUAA